AGUCUAGUUUAGUUCAGUCUAGGUUAAUUUAACUUAGUCCAGUUUAAUUUAAUUUAUUUUAGUUUACAUUGAGUUUAAUUUAGCAUAGAUUAAUUUACUCGUUUUUAGUCUAGCCCUUUAACGCCAAGUGAUUCAUAUUUGAUUUAUGAGUUUUUGAGACCUCUACGUCAUCAGUACGAUAACCUGAUGUAUAAAAUCAGCUACAUGUCUUCUGCCCCCUGGUGGAUUAUCUAUGCACUGUAUGCACCAAUGGACCUUCAAUUGAGACAUCCAAGAUGGCCAUUGUCAAAUAAAUGACCAACCUGUGGUUUCGCAUGGACAUUUUUACCAAUUUUGUAAAGUUAAGAUGCCAGUGUUGAAGAUGUCCUGAAGAUGAUUGUAGAUGGCGAUUCAAUUGACCUGGAACAGUUAGGGGAAGAUGAUGAUGAUGAUGAGGAAUGGACUCCUACUGUAAUGUUUACAGAAGGAAACUCAGACAGUAGUAAUGAGGACAACUUGGAAGAGAAAAGUGUUGAUGAGACAAGUGGAGAAGUCGAGGACCAGACAACAAUACAGAGCACAACAACAAAGCAGUCAGCAAGGGGCAAACUGAAAAGGAUAGAGUAUCAUUGAAAAAAACAAUUUGAAACUCUAGCUGCAGAAUUUGAUGAAUGCGUUGAGGAAGAUUCAGAAGACAGGCUUGACUGGACACCAUACAUGUAAUUCAAAAGAUAUGUGAAUGCUACAGGAAAUUGCAGAAUAAACAAACUUAUACAGGGUGCAGAAAGAAGGAAAGUCAGUGAACACAACUGCCAAAGAAACUGGGCAAAUUCUGGAUGCAUACACAUGGGAUUAGUACAGAUGCCCAAUGUAUGAGCCUAUUGGGAGAUGGAACUUUGAUCAAACCCACACUUUAUUUCAAGUUUUUGUGGAGAUCUGUGACGAUGCUUCGCCGAACUCCGUGAGGAGACACGAAGUCACCGGGUAGGUUGUAGCUGAAUGGAUAUGAGGAAUGCAGAUGCAGGCUGAAGAUGGACCGACUCGGAAUAAUGUGACGAUGCUUCGCCGAACUCCGUGAGGAGACACAAAGUCACCGGUUUUAACUAAACAUCUGGAAGCAGCCCGGGUUGCGUCCUACAUGGCUGUUUCAAGACCAAGCCCAGCGUUGGAGAGGAAAGAGAUGCCCGGAUCUUGGAUAUUUCCAAGCAGUUUCCUGCAGCUCUGAGUAAACACAGGGACGUCGGCACCGUAGUAAUUCAUGCAGGGGUGAAUGACAUCUCACUGCGUCAGAGCGAAGCCCCCAAGGAGCAUUUCAAAUUACUUGUAGACACUGUUAAGAAGAGAACCAAGGCCAGGGCCACAGCUCACCUACCGGAGAGGAAGCGAGGUAUUCAGCAGGCUGUAUGUGCUGCACCGCUGGCUCCAAGGCUGGUGUAAGAACAACGGCAUCGGCUACGUGAGCAACUGGAGUGCUUUCUGGGAGCGACUGCCAUUCUACCACAGGGAUGGACUACACCCGAGCUGCCAUGGGUCUGAUAUUUUAUCCGGGGAUAUCGAGAAAGUACACCAGGCCUGACUGGACUUAACUGUGGUAGGUUUCAACAUGUCUUCCCAGGACCGAGCUCUCCAGGCCCUGAGCGCUGAGUUGGCCCGUUUGGACCGUCACAUCACCGCCCUCCUGAAGAGGCAGGACGAGCUCCUUCAGCGGAAGUUGCAGCUCGAAGCCUCCCGGGAAGUUUCCCCCUCGGUGGUCGCGCCAGCCUUGUCUCUUCGUACACCGGGAGACGCCGUUCUCACGCCAGCCCCAGCCGCACCUGGUCCCUGGGAACGCCAUCGCCGCAGACGGCCUUCCAGACCUUCACCGCCACCCCAGCCGGUCUUCACCUCCUGCAACCGUUUCGCCGCCCUCAGCCCACCGCCUACGCCUUCACCUACGCCUCGGGCCCCGUCGCCCGCCCCAGCGCCUCGGCGCUCCGCACAGGACUCGGUUUAUGUUAUUGGUAGCUCUAUUGUCCGCCAUGUUAGAGUAAGAGGUGUAAACAGCCGCGCCACUGUCUCCUGUUUUCCAGGUGCACGGGUUCUAGAUAUCGCCAAGCGGCUCCCCUCAGCCCUCCGCAGACGCGACGCCUUCGGGACCGUGGUUAUCCACGUCGGGACCAACGACAUCUCCGACCGGCGCAGCGAGGUCCUGAAGGAGCACUACCAGACGCUACUGGACACCGCCAGGAAGAAGACGGACGCUAGGAUCGUCAUCUCCGGCCCUCUUCCCACCUACCGGCGGGGAUCCGAGCGGUUCAGCAGGCUCUUCGCGCUGCAGUCCUGGCUCCGUGGCUGGUGCGCCUGCAACGGGUUGGGCUACGUGGACAACUGGUCUUCGUUUUGGGAGCAGCCAGCGCUCUACCGGAGGGAUGGGCUUCACCCUAGUCCUCUGGGGUCCGUCGUCCUCUCACGGAACAUCGAGAGGGCCAUCCGCUGACUUCAAAGCGGCCACACAGCUGAAGAUCCACCUUUAAUCCCCCAGCUCAUUAACAGAUAUGACAUCGGCAGAAUGAAGGGGAGAUGCAGGACUUUGUGCUUUUAUACUGACAGCGAUGAUGCCCACACAGUGCUGAUCUCCACACAGUGCUGAUCUCCACACAGUGCUGAUCUCCACACGGCGAUGAUCUCCACACAGUGCUGAUCUCCACACAGUGCUCAUCUCCACACGGCAAUGAUCUCCACACAGUGCUCAUCUCCACACGGCAAUGAUCUUCACAGAGUGCUGAUCUCCACACAGUGCUGAUCUCCACACGGCGAUGAUCUCCACACGGCGAUGAUCUCCACACAGUGCUGAUCUCCACACAGUGCUGAUCUCCACACGGCGAUGAUCUCCACACAGUGCUGAUCUCCACACAGUGCUGAUCUCCACACAGUACUGAUCUCCACACAGUGCUGAUCUCCACACAGUGCUGAUCUCCACACGGCGAUGAUCUCCACACAGUGCUGAUCUCCACACAGUGCUGAUCUCCACACAGUGCUGAUCUCCACACAGUGCUGAUCUCCACACGGCGAUGAUCUCCACACAGUGCUGAUCUCCACACAGUGCUGAUCUCCACACAGUACUGAUCUCCACACAGUGCUGAUCUCCACACAGUGCUGAUCUCCACACAGUGCUAAUCUCCACACAGUACUGAUCUCCACACGGCGAUGAUCUCCACACAGUGCUGAUCUCCACACGGCGAUGAUCUUCACAGAGUGCUGAUCUCCACACAGUGCUGAUCUCCACACGGCGAUGAUCUCCACACGGCGAUGAUCUCCACACAGUGCUGAUCUCCACACAGUGCUGAUCUCCACACGGCGAUGAUCUCCACACAGUGCUGAUCUCCACACAGUGCUGAUCUCCACACGGCGAUGAUCUCCACAUGGCGAUGAUCUUCACACAGUGCUGAUCUCCACACGGUGAUGAUCUCCACAAAGUGCUGAUCUCCACACGGCAAUGAUCUCCAAAAAGUGCUGAUCUCCACACGGCGAUGAUCUCCACAUGGCGAUUAUCUUCACACAGUGCUGAUCUCCACACAGUGCUGAUCUCCACACAGCAAUGAUCUUCACACAGUGCUGAUCUCCACACAGUGCUGAUCUCCACAUGGCAAUGAUCUCCACACAGUGCUGAUCUCCACACGGUGAUGAUCUCCACACAGUGCUGAUCUCCACACAGUGCUGAUCUCCACACGCCAAUGAUCUCCACACAGUGCUGAUCCCCACACAGUGCUGAUCUCCACAUGGCGAUGAUCUCCACACGGCGAUGAUCUCCACACAGUGCUGGUCUCCACACGGCGAUGAUCUUCACACAGUGCUGAUCUCUACACGGCGAUGAUCUCCACACAGUGCUUAUCUCCACACAGUGCUGAUCUCCACACGGCGAUGAUCUUCACACGGUGCUGAUCUCCACACGGCGAUGAUCUUCACACAGUGCUGAUCUCCACACGGCGAUGAUCUCCACACAGUGCUGAUCUCCACACAGUGCUCAUCUCCACACGGCAAUGAUCUCCACACAGUGCUCAUCUCCACACGGCAAUGAUCUUCACAGAGUGCUGAUCUCCACACGGCGAUGAUCUCCACACAGUGCUGAUCUCGACACGGCGAUGAACUCCACACAGUGCUAAUCUCCACACAGUGCUGAUCUCCACACGGCGAUGAUCUCCACACGGCAAUGAUCGUCACACAGUGCUGAUCUCCACACGGCAAUGAUCAUCACAAAGUGCUGAUCUCCACACGGCAAUGAUUGUCACACAGUGCUGAUCUCCACACGGUGCAUAUCUCCACAUGUCAAUGAUCUCCACACGGCGAUGAUCUUCACAAAGUGCUGAUCUCCACAUGGCGAUGAUCUCCACAUGGCGAUGAUCUCCACACAGCGAUGAUCUUCACACAGUGCUGAUCUCCACAUGGUGAUGAUCUCCACACGGCGAUGAUCUCCACACGGUGCUGAUCUCCACGCACUGCUGAUCUUCACACAGUGCUGACCUCCACACGGUGAUGAUCUCCACACGGCGAUGAUCUCCACACGGCGAUGAUCUUCACACAGUGCUGAUCUCCACACGGUGUUGAUCUCCACAUGGCGAUGAUCUUGACACAUAGCUGAUGUCCACUCGGCGAUGAUCUCCACACAGUGCUGAUCAUCACACGACGAUGAUCUUCACACAGUGCUGAUCUCCACACGCCGAUGAUCUCUACAUGGCGAUGAUCUUCACACAGUGCUGAGCUCCACACAGUGAUGAUCUUCACACAGCGAUGAUCUUCACACAGUGCUGAUCUCCACAUGGCGAUGAUCUCUACAUGGCGAUGAUCCUCACACAGUGCUGAUCUCCACACAGUGAUGAUCUUCACACAGUACUGAUCUCCACACAGUGCUGAUCUCCACACGGCACCGAUCCCCAUGCAGCGAUGAUCUCAUACACACACUAUAUAGAGCCAGAAAUGGUUCUUGUAUUGUUAAAGCUUGACAUUGUAACAAUAACCUAAACCUUUGAAGAACUAUCUUUUUGAAGAGUGUAAUAAGAACUCACAAUUCUUCUCUACAUUAUAAUUUCCAGCCCAGAUUUCUCCAGAUUCCAGAUUGCUUUUAUCCUUCAGAGUGAAACUGGCAGAUUCUGUUAUUGUGCCUUUAAGACUCAUAUAUGUAAAUAAGCUCUGAUCUGAUUGGCUGUUGAACCAGUCAUCCAGGUCUAUGUGAAAGUGUGUUUGACUGGGUCAGAUUACCCUCAGUGUAGGGAAAGUUUAGGCAGGAGCACAUCAACACAAUAACUGAGAGGUUCUGUCCACCUUAGAUUGCAUUGAGAGCAUACCAACCUGAAGAACUGCCAAUGAAUAUAGUUAUAUAUAGAAAAGUCAGAAAGCCAGGCUCAUGUUUUUAGUUCGUUUGAACAGUUAUGGACUUUUAGCAUCUGUUACAGUGUAAAGUAACAAAAAAGUUCAUUAGAUCAACCUAAA